AUGCAAUUUUUGAGCUCGAGUACCACUACCGUCAUAGCCGCUAGAAGCUUCGACGAUGCUCGCAGUAUUGCUGACCUGCAGCUUAAGCCGUUGUCAAGAGCAAAAAGUCAUUCGCCAUUGAAACAAAUGCGAACCUACUCGUACCGGUCGUUGAGUAGCGAGGAAAACGCUUUGGACAAAACAGCCUGUGAACUCAUCAAGAAUUCCUGGCACGAAGCCACUAAGAACGCCAGCACCACGGGACGUCAUUUUGGCUAUUUCGUCUUUCAACGCAUCUUCCAGAAGGAUCCAACGUUGAAAGUGACGUUCGGCCUGAAAAUAGACGAUGAUAUUGCCGAGAUUCCUGAUGAUCACGAAUGUAUCCGACAUUCGAAAAUAUUCACGAAUAUUAUUCACUUAGCAGCAAAAAAUGUCGACGAACUUGAACCACAAGUGGCACCUGCGAUUUUCAAAUACGGCGAACGUCAUUACAACACAAGAGCUAGUGAUCGCAUGACCGAAGAAAAUGUGCGGAUGGUUUGUGCCCAAGUUGUGUGCACGGUAUGUGACCUGCUUGGUGAUGAUGCUCAUCCGAAAAUUGUCGAAGCGUGGAUUGAAAUGAUGAGAUACCUCGGUCGCAAGUUACUCGAUGGACACGAGUACGCUAAACUUACUGCCAAACAUCGCAUCAGCAUCAAUCGUAACGACCACCAUCUGUUCCUGAUGUUGUGA